CGUCAUCAUAUGCAUUUAUGACAAUAAUACUCAAUAUAUACUUUUUUUAAUUUAAUUAGUCUAUGUGACAAUGUGCAGUAUUGUGACAUACGAUUUAAGGCGUGUAAUCAUCUCAACUGUAUCCUGAUUAUUGGUUGAAUGUCGUGCCAUAAGAGUGAAAGAGAACUAUGGUUAAGACUAUAUGUAUGGAAAAGUCAUCGUAAAGGAAUUUUUAAAGCAAUAAGAUAAGGGAUUUAUGAGUCAGCCAUUCAGUUGUGUUACGGUUGAGCACAAAAUAUAUCUGGCAACUCCGUAAAAUCCAAAAAUUGCACGAUUUUGGUAUCAGAAGAAGACUUAAAACGACGAAUUUGGAGGGAGUAUACGAAGAUAUUAACUUACCAGGAAAAUGUCUAACGUUAGUAAUUUAGAACAGCAGAUUGCAAAUUUACAAAUUAAUCAUGGCGAUGGCAUUAAAACCAUUAAGUCUGGGAAAAAAGUGGGACCAGCUGUACCUCCAAAACCAAAAAAAUCACAACCACAGAUACCACAAAGUUAUACUAUAAAGGCUGCAUCAGUGCCAUCAUACAGUACAGUGCUUAAUAAUUCUGGCCAAAAUGAAAAAUCAUCAAAUUUAUACGUGAAUUCUCCUUCACCAUAUGUGCCACUAAAUAUAGAGAAAAAUGACUUUUCAUUACCAUCCACUGCGAAUGGAAAAGAUGUUCCUAAAAACUAUCAGAACAAUGAGAAUUUUUAUGUGCACCAAUCAGAUGAGAAAUUUGAACCAAAAUAUGGAUAUGACGAAAAAAAUCAUUAUUCAAAUAUUGGUAAUAUGCCUGCUCCUCAAGUUCCAGUUGAAGAUCACUCAAGAUCAACAAGAAAUAUCGUAUAUAGUAAUAUAGAUCCUCCAAUAUCUAUACCAGUUAAUAAGACAGCUAAAACUGAAAAAGACAUCAUCUACAGCAAUAUUCAAUGGAAUUCUAAACCAGAAAAUACAUAUUGUAACAUUCCUUCUGCACUCAAUAAUGAUGACUUACCACCACCACCAGAACCUUCAGAAUAUGUUCCAUGUGUGCCGGGUAGUUCCUUCCCACCACCACCGGAAGAAUUACCGCCUCCGCCAAGUCCUGUGUCAUCUAGUUAUAGCGAACUUAGACGUGCUACUUAUCAAACUGAUUUUCCACCUGACAAUUAUCCAAAUGAUAUUUAUGGUCCAAGUUCACAAUCCAGUUCUACAUAUGAAUCUAUAUACGAACCAAUUAAUCCUAGACCACCGUCACAAUUAUCUUGCAAUUAUUCCAUGUACUCUGGUUAUGGAUCUGCUACAUCUACUCAGCCCCAAGGAAAGGUCUCUCCAGUUAAGGAAGUGGACGUUUUGACUGAUCUGUUAGUUCAAGGAAUGGAAGAUAAUGCUGAAGACAGUGAUAUAUAUGGGAUUUGUGCCCAGUGUGGUCGCAAAGUUGAAGGCGAAGGUACCGGUUGUUCCGCGAUGGAUAAGGUUUUCCAUAUUGACUGCUUCUGUUGUUAUGUUUGUAAGGUUAACCUACAAGGUAAACCCUUCUAUUCACUGGAAAACAAACCCUAUUGCGAGGAAGAUUAUUUGAAUACUUUGGAAAAGUGCUGCGUUUGCACUAGACCAAUACUCGAUAGAAUAUUAAGAGCUACAGGUAAACCUUAUCAUCCAUCCUGUUUUACAUGUGUUGUUUGCGGGCAAAGUUUGGAUGGUAUACCAUUUACGGUAGACGCUACAAAUCAGAUUCAUUGCAUAGAAUGUUUCCACAAAAAAUUUGCACCUCGUUGUUGUGUUUGUAAGUUACCGAUUAUGCCAGAACCAGGACAAGAGGAAACUGUGCGCGUUGUAGCACUAGAUCGUAGUUUUCAUAUUCAGUGUUACAAAUGCGAGGAUUGUGGGUUGGUUUUAUCUUCUGAUUCCGAGGGACGUGGAUGCUAUCCUUUGGAUGACCAUGUGUUAUGCAAAAGCUGUAAUGCUACUCGUGUGCAAGCAUUAACGUCACAUAUGACGACUGAAUUAUAAAUGGCAUGAUCAUUGAAACGAUAUAUUAGAUUGUUAUAUUUACAGUUGCCGUUUUAUGAAUUUUUAUAUUUAGAGAUAAGUUUCUAUAAGACAUCCGACAUUUAAUAUGUUUUUGAGGAACUUUUUAAUCAAAGCCAUUUUGACAAUUGAAUAUGAGUAGGUUUUUCAUUAUUUGAAACUACGAGAUGAAUUACGUUAAAUAUUCAUAAUAUUUCUAUACUUUUUUAAAAGAUUUAUAUUUUAGAGAUUGUAUUUAUCUAUAUGUAUUAUUGACUCGGAUUAGACAGGUUUGAAAAAAUUUCAGAACUGGGUUAAUGUUACUGCCUUUACACUGCCAUAUAUGAAAUUUCAAAAAUAUCUAAGAAUUAUAUUGUCAAAUAAUAUUUAACAAAAAAUUCUAAACUGUGAGCACGUAUGUUGUAGUCAAGAUUGAUUUCUUGUAAUAAGUAUAAUUAUUGACUAUAAUGUGAUUUAGUCAGGUAUUGCAUAUAUUAUUAAGGCAAGGUAUUCAAUUCCUAAUAUUAAGAGCAAUGUUAGAUUUAUGUGUGACUAUAUCCUCAUAACGUCAAUAAUGCGAAGUAGAGAUUAUGCAAUUUAUAUGCUUCUUUCUAUUGAUCUAGAAUAUACAAAACGUUUAUUCCAAUGUAUUGGAUCCGUUAUGUAUUUAGAUUUCCGCUUUAUGAUAAAUCAUGUGAUACGAUAGAAUUAAUACAAUGCAAAUUAGUGCAAAUACCUUAAAUUAUAUUAUCUA